UGCGCCAAGAUUGCAUCCCUCAUCUCUUCUUAGCUUAUCCUCAUGGCGAACCAAAGCUGCCAAUGGCUGCAAGCUGCCCAGGCCCGGCUGCAGCCCGUGGCUCGUGGCCCACGCACUGUGCGAGCUUCUGCUCCAGCACCUCGAGCAGUACCUGUCGAAGAGAGGCCUCAGCCGAGAAAGACCUUGCGCACCAGCUACGGAGCUCCUAGCUACACCGUCAGCAAUGUUCCUGCCGGACAGGUCAGCUUGUUGGCUUGUGGAGCUGGUGGAGUGGAGGAGCUGGCCAGGCAACUCGACGACCGCAGUGUGGCCUGGGCUUUGUUGCGAUUCCAGGUGGGAGGAGGCACUUUUGUGCGAACCAAGAUGGUUUUGAUCCAGUUCAAUGGCACCAGGACACCAGCACUCCAACGUGGUUUGCUGAAUGCUCGCAGCACCGAGGUGCUGAGAGAGUUGGGCGAAGUGAAUGCGAGCCUCCAGGUGACCUGCAGCAAGGAGCUCACCAUCGACCACCUCUGCGAGCGCCUCCUGCCGGUCUUCUCGACGGACCACAUGGAAUACUACUCGCUGCAGGCAUUGAAAAGUGAGUACGAGAGUAUGGUGGAACUCUCCCAGAAACGUGCCCACGAGCCGCUCCGCGCGCCGAGCAUUGACACGCCCGAGCGCCGUCCCGCGCGCCGUUCUGGCGCCACGGCACGGCCGGUGCGGCGGUCUGCGUGUGAGGCUGCGCGGCCAGCCGAGCCACAGCGAGAGGAACGAGAGAUUUCGCUGGACCAGGCGUUGCAGGAGGUGGCCCAGGAGGGCUUCUAUGAUUGGCUGCUCCUUGAGCCUGGGAGGUUUUGCCUUUUUGCCGCUGGCUCGGGCGGCUUUGAGGAGCUUCAGGCCAACUUGAGCCAUGACCGGGUCCUCUUUGGACUGUUGCGACUCUCUUUCGGCGUUCCACCCGGCGAUGGGCGUGCGCGUGGCCUCACCAAGCACGUGCUGAUCCAUUGGGUGGGUCCUGGCGUCGGGGCAGUCCGACGGGGUCUGUGGGGCGCGAAGUACGGCGAGGUGAGUGCUCUCAUGUCAAGCUACUGCUCUGUGGCCUUUCGUCAAGAGGCCAACCAUGCGAACGAGCUCAAGUUGGACGAGAUCAUCUUGAAGCUCCAGCGCCUGACGGUCGUGGAUAGUGUGUGUGGAGAUGGAGUGGCAGCUCGAAUCUCUCUGGAAGAAUACAACGCGGCAAGGGCUGAAGACCUUCGGAGGCGCGAGGCCACCAGGCCUAAGCCAAAGCAGGCGCCUGCACCUGCCGCGCCAUCGGGACCCACUGCGCCAUGUGCGGAGCCAGUGGAGGCCGUGCAGGUGCGUCCUUUGCCAGACUUGAAGACUGCCGUGUGCAUGGUGCGUGAUCCGAAAGGACAUCUCAACUGGGCGCUUUGCGGCCUCCCCAUGCGCUUACCUCCGACCCCCUGCCGGGCGCAGCUGGUGACCUCAGCCAUGUGACCUCGGAGCUGACUUGCCCUGCACACGCGUAGUCUGUGGG